AUGGCGGUCAUUCAAUCUCCUUUCCUGCGCCUGAUCGCAGUGCUGGCCACCAUGCCGGCGCUGUUUGACCAGCUGUUGUUCCCCGACGCGAGCGGUGCGCUCGCCGCGCCGUUCGACUCGCCGAACAACACCACGCUUCCCGGCGUGCAGGAGCCCUCGUUCGACGUCUACCUGUCGCCCUCGGCUGGCAUUCAGCUGCCGCUGGCGCCGCGCGAUGCGGACGAGUCGGACACGCUCGCCGAGAACCCGUGGAUGCACCUGCAGCAACACAUUAACCAUGCGAAGCGCCGUCACGCGCAGAUCAACGACUUGCCAGUCCCUACGGACGACGAGUUGCGGGCUGCGAUGCUGAAGCGCCGCUCCUGGGUGGAGAAGGAAUGGCUGCCGCUUCAGCGUCGCGAUGCGGCGGAUGCGAAGGCCGGUGAUUCGUCGUCGCUGUCGAGCUACUUUGCGCGCUCCUCUGACAAGAUGAUCGGCAUGGUGCGCCGCUCGAGCAGCGGCAGCAACCAGCUCGAGGCGCGUGGUAACGGCUACCCCUCUUCGGAGGCCAAGGCCGCACAGCAGCACUCGACGACGAACGCCGGCAGUCCCUCCAUGUCGCACACCUCGGGCCUGAGCAUCGAGGCGAACGACGUGGGCUACUUUGUGCAGGUGCACAUCGGUUCGAACAAUGCCAAGUUCACCAUGUUGGUGGACUCUGGCUCGGCGGACACCUGGGUCACCGGCUCGAACUGCAACGGCUGUGGUGGUUCGAACCGGAACAAGCUCGGCUCGUCCAACUCCAAGUCGCUCAACAUCCAGAACGACCAGUUCAAGAUCUCGUACGGAACCGGCUCCGUGACGCUGAACAAGGCCACGGACUCGAUUACGAUUGCGGGAAUGAAGCUGGACAACUACAACCUGGGCGUGACGACCAAGGAGUCGAGCCAGUUUGGUGGCAGCAAGAUCCCCUUUGACGGCCUCAUGGGUCUCGCAGGCUCUUCGCUGAGCACCACGGGUGAGAAGACGCCGAUCGACGCGCUGUUCGACAGCAACAAGGUCGACCAGCCGAUUGUGGGCUACCGCCUCGGCCGCGUCGCGGACGGCAGCAACAAGGGCCAGAUCACCUUUGGUGCGGUCGACGGCUCGCAGGUGUCGGGCAGUCUGCACGAGCUUGACAACCAGUCGAAGAAUGGCUACUGGGAGGUGAAGCUUGACAAUGUCAAGGUCGGCUCCAAGUCCAUCUCGGGUUCGUCGAGCACGGCGACGCUCGACACCGGCACGUCGCUGAUUGUUGCGCCGCAGGCGCAGGCGGAUGCGAUCCACGAUGCGAUUGACGGUGCGAAAUCGGACGGCCAGGGCGGCUACACACUGCCCUGCACUACUAACCAACAGCUUUCUUUUACUUUCUCGGGCCAGACUUACACUAUGGAUUCGCGCGACCUUCUCUUCUCUCCGAGCGACUCGAACAAUCUGCAGGGCACCUGUGUCAGCGCGGUGUCUGCCGGCGACAACGGCGGCAACGGCGGCUGGCUCCUGGGUGCCGCGUUCUUGAAGAACGUCUACUUUGCGACGAACUCCAAGACGAACCAGAUUGGUCUCGGCAAGCUCAAUUAA